UUAGUGUCACCUACAAUUUCCUAUGAGGCGGCCGUUCCAUUCCUCUGGAUGGUUGUGGAGUCUAGCAACCUUUCUUUGUAUAAUUGCAAUUGUACAUAGCGUAAAAUUCUUUUAUCCAGUUUCCAAAGCGUUCAACGACUUUCAUGAUCCACACAACUCGACUAGGGUUGCUUUGGUAUCAGCAAUAUCGAACUCUGGAGGAAAGUAUAGUUCAGAAGUCUUUCAGCUUUCUCUUGAAAACAAACUAACCUAUGCUCAACUUCAUCGUUAUGAUUUUUUCGUAUGCAAUUGCUCUGUAAAGGAAAAGUGGCAUCCUAUAUGGGGUAAGCUUAUGGCUCUGGAAGACGUUAUGGGUAGAAACUAUCAAUGGACUAUCUAUUUGGAUAUCGAUCUUAUUAUUACAAAUGUCAACACUAAGAUGGAAGAAUUUUUCCUCGAUGAAAACUUUGAUAUCGUACUUCCUAUUGACUGCAAUGGAAUCAAUACUGGUGUGGAGAUGUUUCGUGGAACCGAUAGCAAUUAUCGUCUCUUAAGGAGUCUCUGGACUUUUACAAAAUAUAAGCAAAAAUAUUUUCAAGAACAAACUGCUUUGUGGCUGGCUAUUGGUCGUGAUAGGAACGUUGCCAGAAGAGUUAAACUGAUUCCUCCUGGUGUGCUUCAGUCAUACCAAGACGCAUCUUGUGGAGCCAAAUUUGAAGACGGAGACUUUAUCUGGCACUUUCCUGGUAUUUUAAGUAGCGAAGAGCUUGCAGACAACAUGAAAAGAUACACAAAGCUUGGAACACUCAAUAACACUUUUGAUAUUCCAAAGGUAGAAGGAAACACAUGCAACUGCACUUUGCUUACUUGAAACGUAUCAAAGUGGCUUUUAUCACACUAUUGGGUUGUUUUUGGGCCUCGUCCUUAGCCAGGCAGCUACUGUUGAAUUGAAUACGAAAUAAAGACAUACUUUUUAGC